ACUGUGCUAUCUUCAGCCUCUGGGACCAGCCAACACCGUUUUGUGAGCUUAACUCCUUAUUACUGAUCAACCAUGAGCUCCCAGAUUUGUCAGAAUUAUUCCAGCAAGGUUGAGGCCUCUGUCAGCCACCUGGUCAACAUGCAUCUGCGGGCCUCCUACACCUACCUCUCUCUGGGCUUCCAUUUCAACCGCGACGAUGUGGCUCUGGAGGGCGUUGGCCACUUUUUCUGUGAAUUGGCUGAGGAGAAGCGCGAGGGUGUGGAGCGUUUCUUGAAAAUGCAAAACCAGCGCGGCGGCCACGCCCUCUUCCAGGACUUGCAGAAGCCAUCUCAAGAUGAGUGGGGAGAUCUGAACAACACAGGUUUGAACUGACCAGUC